CAUCAUUUAUGGUGCUGCAUCUAUGACAGCUAUCCCUAAGGGUACAAAACAACACCUUCCUGCAAAUGUUGAUCCUAAUGUAACAACAACAACAAGAACAUAAUACAAGAAAACAGAUAAAAGAUUACACACCUGAAAAAUGUUCAAAUCUGGAAGAUGGAAGGGGCAAAACAGCAAGAUCAAUGUCAUGUUUCAGCUCCAGUUUCAAGCAACCCAGGUGCCAAAGAUGAAAGGAAAGGGUUUGAUGAUAGCUUUGAUUCCAGCAGAAACAGGGAAACCAAUAGCCAAACUAGCAAGAACACCCAUUGUUGAUGGAACAGUUACAUGGGCUGAACCUAUUUAUGAAUUGGUUAAAUUGGUUAGAAAUCAAAAGACAGAAACAUAUAAAGAGAAAAUUUAUUACUUCAAUGUGCAAACAGGAUCUUCAAAAUCAGGGUUUGUGGGAGAAGUAGGAGUUGAUUUUGCUAAUUUUGCAGAGUCAACUGAACCAUUUCAGCUUUCUCUUCCCCUCACAGCUGAAAGCACUGGUGCAAUUCUACAUGUUUUUAUACAAAAGAUGCAACGAACCGACGAAUCGAGAGAGUUGGAAGAGAAUGAAUCUCUACAGUCGGAAUCGGUCAAAUCAAGGAAUCAAGCAAGUGACUACAGUGAGAACGGGAACUCGAACGCUACGAGUAAAAACGGGGGAGAAAAUAUUGUGAAGCAAAGAUCGAUCACUGAUUGGUCACUGGGUUCGCUUUCGGACAAAAGUAUUGCUGAUUUGUUAAACAGUCCGGAGGAAAACCACACGGAAGGAUCAAAAGAUGACGUACAGACGUUGAAAAGCGAAGUUGCCAGGCUGGAACGACAGGCAGAGUUGGCUGAGAUGGAAUUAGAAUCUCUUCGUAAGCAAAUAUCGAAAGAGAAAAAACGAUCACAAGAUUUGUCAAAUAAGUUUGAGGAAAUUAAGGAAGAAAAAGAAGAUCUAGAGAUGGAAUGCGAUGAAUUAAGGAAAGAUUUAAAGCAGGAAAAAAGUUAUAGGAAAUCGAACAAUGAACUGGCUGUUGCGGUUAAAGAUUUCGAAAGAAAAUUGGAGGAAAAAGAUAAAGAAAUAUCUCAACUUUCGGAAGAUAUUGAGACCAUGUAUGUCGAAUUAGAGCGCGAGAAGAAAGAGAAAGAAGAGUUAAAGAUUCAUAUCGAAGAUAUUACAGUCGAUUAUAAAUAUUUACUGCAGGAAAACGAUGAUAUGUCUUUGAAAUCUUUAACAACAAUUAAAGAAUACGAACUCCAAGUGAAGAGAUUAGAGGAAAAGAUAAUGAACCAAGCUUUAGAAAUCUCGCAAUCGUUGGAUACGAACGCUGAACUCGAAACUCAUAUCGAUAGAUUAGAGAAAGAGUUAGAGAAACAAGGGCAUGAUUUUGAAGACGAUGUGCAAGAUUUAAUGAAAGCGAAAAUAGAGCAAGAGGAACGCGUUGUACAAGCGGAAGAGGCAUUGAGAAAGUCAACGUUGACCAACGCUGCGGUUCUCGAGAAAGCAAAUCAAGAACUGUUAUUGUUGAAAGAUGCACACAAGCAAGAAGUGCAGAAGCUCUAUGACCAAAUUGAUCUGCAAGAAGAACAGAUUGAGCGAAUGUCAAUGGAGCUUGAAGCGUGUAGAAAGACGGGAGAAAAUAACGGUGAUUUGGAAGAAUGGGUUAGAGAGAGAGAGACAUUGGUGGCGGAAGUUGAGUCGUUGAAGAAGGAAUCGACGAGUUGGACGAGUUUGAUGAGUGAAAAGAACGUUGUGAUUAGAACGUUGAAGUCGGAAUUAAAAGUGUUGAGAGGUGAUCACAAUCAACUGCAACAAAGAUUGUUGGUUAUCGAGUCGGAGAAAGAUAACUUACAGAAAGAAGUUUCGAGAUUGGAUCAAGAAAAUCGGAAAUUGGCCAAGGAAAGUAAAGCAGCUUUUAAUGCCUCGACUAGCAAGCAUGAUGAAAGCAGAUCUAAACUGGAAUCAGGAAAAAGCAAUGAGGGACGAUGUUCGGAGCAGAAACUCAACAAAUUAUUAAGCGAAAUAUCAGCGUUGAAUGAAAAGAACAAACACAUGGAAAACGAGUUGAAAGAGAUGCAAGAAAAAUAUUCAGAAGUCAGUCUAAGAUUUGCUGAGGUGGAAGGUGAAAGACAAGAACUGGUAAUGGCCUUGCGUAAUCUGCGAAACGGUAAAGGGAGAUAAUACGAUUGUAGAUGCGCGACGCAUAAAGUGUAACAACAGUUAUGAACAAAAAAAUGAUAAAGGUUACAAGUAAUAUUUUGUUUGGAUAUUAUAUCACACAGCAUGCACAACCAAUAACAAAUUAAAUACAACAUUAUUUUUUUUUA